CUCAGUCAAUUGAAGUAGGACUAACUCCCAACUACCAAUGCUAUCUUUGUUGGUUCAGCUGUCCACAACCGUCCCUACUCUCUACUCUCUCUCUCUUUCAACUUAACACUAACAUUCAAUCAAUUCAUACAAUAUAAAAGAAUAUGUUUUUCUUGCAUCCUUAAUAUCCCUUCUCUUCUUACCCAAAACCCAACUAGGAAUUGAAGAAAGGCUAAGAUGGGAAUCAGGUCACUUCCUUUGUUCUGGGAUGAAUUCUCAAGAUUCUUGGUGAAUUGGUUCAGAAAAGAUAAGAACUUUUUGGGCAGUCUCUUGAGUUCCCCAAGAAUGAAAAUGGAGAGGCCUUCUGUGAAGAAAUUGAGACCAUUAGAGAAUGUGGAUUGGAGAGAGGAGACCACUUUCCUGGAUCUACCAGACUUGGCUCUGGACUGCAUUCUUGAGAGGCUCUCACCAUCAGAUCUUCGCAGUAUGGGUAAGGUCUGCAAUUCACUGAGAGAGAAAUGUGUGAGUGACCAUUUGUGGGAAAAGCACAUCUGUGAGAGAUGGGGUAAGUUGAUUGGGAAGGCUGCCUACAAUGAAUGGAAAAGCUACAUUGCAUCAAGAAAGAGGUCUCUCCUGCUGAAUCCCAAAGAUCAGAAGGAUCUCUUUGGGUAUUUUGCUAGUCUUACAAAUUUCCUGUUGAAUAGAGAAGCAGCAGAAGAAGGAAACAGAUCCAAGAGCUCUUUACCUAAGGACUCAGUCAUGGCUUUGUAUUUCUCACUUGAAAGUGGCAAAUUUUGGUUCCCAGCUCAGGUUUUUAACCGCGAGAGUGGGCAACUUGGGUUUGCCCUAUCAUGUUAUGAUGCUGAAAUCAACUAUGACUCUAAUGCAGAUCUCUUCAGGGCAAGGUAUCUGACUAAAGGGUGGAGGUCCAUAGAGGAAAGCAUAAAGAGGGUGAGGAUAAGGGCACCCCCUGUUGAUACUCCUGCUUAUGUUCUUCAUGCCUCUGAUUGCUUAAAGGACCUAAAACCAGAUGACCACAUUGAGAUACAAUGGAGAAAAAGCAAAGAAUUUCCAUAUGGUUGGUGGUAUGGAGUUGUUGGUCAUUUGGAAUCAUGCAGUGGCAACAAACUGAAUUGCCAAUGUCAUACAAGUGAUAUGGUGAUAUUAGAGUUCAGGCAGUAUUCACCUGGCUCAAGAUGGAGACAGAUAACAAUUAACAAGAAGAAUCAUCAAGAAGUAGGGAAUGAAGUAGAUGGUUUCUAUGGUGGAAUAAGAAAGCUUUCCAAGGAAGAGGAGAUCUCAACAUGGAAGUCCUUUUGGCCAAGUUGCACUUUGGAUUAACUACAACUUGAAAAUUCUUCAUUCCAUUAUUCAGUGCACAAGAAGGAAUAACAUUCCAAAGACUCAUUUUUUUCCUUGUGCUUAGCUUCUUUUUCAUAGACCUCUAUCUGCUACUGUCCACUGUACAAUCCUGAGACUAUUUCUGAUGGUAGCAGAGGUAAAAUGAAAGAAACUAAAAUCUCUGAGAAACCCAAAGAUACACGCUGCAGAUCACGGCAAUGGAUAAUCAAGACUUCUGGAGGGGGCGCGGGGAAACACCGCGGAGCAGCUUGACAAAGCCCAAGAAACUGAGCUUUCCAUCAGAAUGUCUUAUCCAGUCCUGCAGAACCACAUGAACUGGGACUGAAGGACCGACUCCAAGCUCCUACAAGUAUAUAUUUAUAUGUACACACACAUACACAAACAUGUCAGCCAUCAUGAGGCCUAGAGGAUGAACAAAUCAUAUAUGUUGUGUUCCGUUUUCAUCAAUAUAUGUGUAAGUUGUUG